GCCGGGCAGGCGCACGUGAGCAGAGAGUUGCAACAGAGUAACAAUUAUGCUGGGGGGAAGUAGCCUCCUGCUCCCGGGGCUCUGGCUGCUGGGCAGCGUCGCUUGCCUGCGGGGGGCGGCUGGGGGCGAGGGAAGGAAGGUGACCCUGGAGUACAACCCCGGCAGGAACGGCUCCUCCCUCAGCCUCCUGCACGUGCGGGCCGUGGGCCGGAACGACACCCUGCACUACGUGUGGAGCAGCAUUGGGGCGCCCACCGUGCUGCUGCUCUACACCCGGAGUGAGAGCAGCAUCCUGCACGUCAACUGGACCAAGCUCAACUCUACCUCCCCCGCUGGGGCCAUCUGGGUCGAGCCGUCUGGCAGCGUCGUCUACUCGACAGCUGUCGUCUUCACCAAGGUGUUCGAGUACAACGGGGCCAAUGCUUCAGCCCUGUCCACGGGGCAGGGUGAGACCUUCUAUCCCCCCUACGACCUGGCCGACUUCUCCUGGAAUGGCAGCCUGAACCAGACAGCCCUCACCGCCAAGUUCCAGGGGGUGAAGACCUCUGACCCUGGGGGUGCCUUCCGCAAUGGCACCAUCUCCUUCCAGGUGACUGCCUAUGAGCAGAGCAGCCGGGACAGCCCCCUCCCUCGCCUCCUGCACACCGCCAACAGCUCCAAGGUGGAGUUCAUCAUGGACAGGGUGGCCCCACGUGGCAACAGCUCUCGCUUCCUGCUGGAGGUGGUCACGGUGGAGGAGAGAGGACGGCGCAAGAGGCUGAAUUCAGUGCAGUCCAUCGAUGAUGAGUACACGCCCACCAUCUUUGAGAUGGCCCAGCUGGUGUCUGAGCCCCACAACGACAGCAUCGGCUCCAGCUUCUUCCAGAGCCCCAUCCACUGCCACUACCAGCCCCUGCAGACGGCCAACCGGACGCUGGCUGGGCCCAGCAUAGCACACGCCUACUUCGGGGAGGCGCUGGAGCACAGCCACAGCAUCGCCGCCAUCAAUAUUUCCUUCGGGGGUGAGGACGGGGAGGUCUACAUGGAGAAGGGCUACCUGAGUUGGUCUGCCUUGCUCGGCUUCGGCACGCCCCCGGAAGACACCUUCUCUCCCCUGGUGAUCGCCAUCAUGGCUGUGGCCCUGGGCACCCCUGUGGUGCUGCUGCUGGCUGGGGUCCUGGUGCUGCUUUUCACACGGAGGAAGCGUUAUUCCGAGUACGAGCCCAUCAACUGACCGACGUGGGCAGGACUCACAGGGGACGCCCUCGCAGUUCUCAUCCUGGACUCACCCGAGGCUCCUGGGAGCUUAUUUAUGAAGAGCUACAGUUACGUGUCCUCUCUUUCUCAGUGGCCCUGACCCUGCAUUGCCCCAGGCUCACAGGGGAAUCGUGCAAUGAUCUGCAAGGCUACCUCUGUACCCUUGAUCCUGGCCCUUAGGAACUUGGCCGGGUGGCAUGGAAAGAGACCUGUCCUGUGUUUGUAACAGUCCAGCCGUCUGAUGCCCUGUGGAUGGACUCUCCCACCCUCCCCCCC